UCUGUAACCUUUCCCUAUAGACUCCUAAUUAUGGUUACUCUUUCCUUCUUUGGUAUUCAAUGAAGAAUCCUAAUUCUUUCAACAAGCAAAAUUGUUAUGUUUAUGUGUACUAUUUUGUUAUUAUUAUAUGAAACAAAAAACAAAAUAAAAACCUCUUUUUGUGUCUUUUUAAUGUCCCUUUUUCUCUCUUUGUGUUGAAUGUAUGUUGGUGGGGUUUAGUGUUUAGUGUUUGAGAAGAAGAAAAUGGGGAGAGGGAAGAUUGAGAUCAAAAAGAUUGAAAAUUUGAAUAGUAGACAAGUUACAUUUUCAAAGAGAAGAAAUGGGUUGCUUAAGAAAGCAAAAGAGUUGUCUAUUCUUUGUGAUGCAGAGGUUGCUGUUAUUAUAUUUUCUGGCACUGGAAAACUUUAUGAAUUUUCAAGCACAAGCAUGGAGCACAUCUUUUCAAGGUACGGCAGAGGCCUUAAUUCGAAUGGAGCAGAGCAACAACCCAGUGAUCAGCCUCCAGCAGAAGUUGUGGAGCAUGAUAGUGAUACUACACUACUGCAAGAAGAAAUAACCAAACUUCGUUCUGAUUACUUAAGGAUGACAGGAAAGGAGCUUGAUGGAUUGGACCUUAAAGAAUUGCAGUACCUAGAAAAUCAAUUGUGUGAAGGGAUAUUAGCUGUCAAAAACAAAAAGGAACAAGUGCUUUUAGAACAGCUUAAGAGAUCCAGGUUACAGGAGCAAAAGGCUAUGAUGGAGAAUGAAGCUCUACGCAAACAACUUGAGGAGAUAGAAAAGAAAAGAAAGGCAGAGUUCCUUGAAUUUCAUUCGUUGGAUAGGACAAUUAUUUCGAUGAACGGUUCAAAACCCCUUUCAAAUUUUUGUUCAGAGGAUAAUGAGAUUUCAGAUACUUGCUUGCAGUUAGGGUUGUCAUCAGAUUAUGGUCGCAAGAGGAAAGCAUUGAAGAUAGAACCUUGCAACGACUCAGGAAGUCAAGUGGCUUCACAGUGAGAUUCAAAACAAUUAGUUUUUUUUUCUUCUUUGGUUUUCACUGUGUCACUUCCCGUGACAGUUUUAGCUUAUAUAACUAGUUGCUUAUAGGUUAAAAUUGAUUUGCGUUUACUAUAUAUGAAAACUUGUGGCUUUGGUUGAAAAAUGUUAAAACAUGAUUCAUCGUAUUGAUAUUUUUUUUUUGUCA